AUGCUCAUGGUGCCGCUCUACGCGGUCUCGUCCUUCAUAUCAUUAUUCUCCCUCGAUGCUGCCUUCUUUAUCGACGUUGUACGCGACAUUUACGAAGCGUUCGUGAUCUACUGCUUCUUCGAUCUCCUCAUUGCAUAUCUCGGCGGAGAGCGCUCUCUCCUCAUCCUGCUCCACGGACGCCCACCCAAGUACCCCGUGUUCCCCUCCAACAUUUUCUGGCCGGAGGUCGACGUCAGCGACCCGUACACGUUCUUGUUCCUUAAGCGUGGUGUUAUACAAUAUGUUCAAAUAAAGCCUUUACUGGCACUGGCCACGGUAAUCCUGAAGGCCGCAGGGAAAUACAACGAAGGCGACUUCCGCGCGGUCUCCGGGUACCUCUACAUCAGCAUUGUCUACAACGUCAGCAUCUGCCUCGCGCUGUACUGCCUCGCGAUGUUCUGGAUGUGCGUCAACGACGACCUCAAGCCUUUCCGCCCCGUGCCCAAGUUCCUCUGUGUCAAAGGCGUCUUGUUCUUCUGCUUCUGGCAGUCGAUCUUCAUCUCGCUUCUCGUCGCGGCCGGCGCUAUCCCCCGUCUAGGCCCAUACACGGACUCGGAACACAUAUCCCUGGCGCUCACCGACACCCUCAUUUGCCUCGAGAUGCCGUUCUUCGCGAUCGCGCACAUGUACGCGUUCGCGACGCGCGACUACGAAGAUCCACAUGUGAUGUACGUCGCCCGGAUGCCCGUCCUGUACGCGUUCCGGGACGCGUUCGGGCUCAAGGACGUCGUCGAGGACGUCAAGCUCACCCUCGGCGGCGAAGGCAUGGACUACCGCGAGUUCGAGCCUAGCGAGGGCCAGAUUCACCAGGGCAGCGGGCGCGACCGCCGGAUCCGCGCCGGGCUCCGGUACAGCCAGGGCGGCAAGCGCAAGUACUGGCUUCCGCAGUCUACGACCGCGACGCAGCCCCCGGGCGCGUUCGAGCGCCGGGUGAACAACGCGAUCGGGCGCGUCGCGGGGAGCAGCCAGACGGAGGAGGUGUACGCGCCGCUGCUUCGAAGCCAAGAAGAGAACGCGGUCCACUCUGCGGAAGAUCUGCGGGGCGGCGACGAGGGCUUCUCGCUGUUCGCGACGGGGAUCAUGGAGGAGGGCUACGAGCUCCCGUUCGGGGAGAUCGACGGCGCGGACGAGGAGCUGUUUGCGCACAGCAAGCAGUACCUCUUCGGGGACUACAACUACCCGUGCGUCGACGUCUCCUCCGAGGCCGCGCGCGCGUCGAUGUGGAUCGCCGAGGAGCGCAUCCUCCGCGACGAGCACAGCGCGUGGUUCUCCCCCGUCGGCGGCGCGCGCCGGCCUCCUGGGGGCUACGGCGCCGUCGGGCACACCCCGCACGGUGCCGCAUCCUCGUACUUCUCCCGCCCCCACGUCGUCAUCGACAAAGAGGCCGAGCGCGUGCCCCCAUCGCGCGCCGGGGACAACCCUCUCCGCCACACCAACAUGCGCAGCCCGCCGCCGCACGCCGCACGCCUUGCGAUCUCGCGGACGAGCUCCGCGUCCCCUCAGACCCCCACAACGUCGCCGCCGUCCGCUCGGAGCAGCCCGCGCACGCCCGCGCUCGGAGCGUCGCCGCGGACGCCGCUCCCGCCCGACGCCGUCGACCUCGUCGUCGAGGACGCGCACGCGGGGGAGGCGGGCAUGACGCGCGAGCGGCGGCGUGGCGAGCCGGCGGUGCGCGGCGGCGCGGGGCUCCACCGCGUGUACCGCCGCGGGUACAUCGCGGAGGACGCGGCGGGCGAGGUCGAGGUCGAGGCUGGAGCGGAGGAGGCGGAGGCGGAGGAGGUAUUCGAGGUGGAGGCGGAGGUGGUGGAGGAGACGGUCGCGCGGGCGGUGACGCCGCCGCCGCACGCGCGGGUCAUGGUCGACGUCCCGGAGGACAAUCCGUGGGCGUAG